CUUCUGCCGGCGCCUUCCCGUUCGCGUUAGCUCAUAUAUCUCACCGCGACGUAUUCCACAACGAUGAGCCGCAGCCAAUCCAGGGGCGACGAGAUUGUCAAAUGGGAAGAGGGAAGUGAUGUGGGAAACACUUGAAGUGUAGUGUUAUGAGUGAGGUGGCAGGGCUACACAUGGUGCAACCGGGACCCAGACUGGACAACACCAUGGAGGAAUCCGUGGAGACCCUCAUUCGAAAGGUAUGGUUCCUCCAGCCAUCACUCUUCCAAAAUGUAUACAAUAACGUUCUCUCCGAGCUUGAGCAGCGGGUCAUUGAGGCCGAAAACCGGGCAGAGGAGGCCGAGGAUAAGGUUCGGAUUAUGGAACAGAGGUUGGUGGAGGCUGAGUGGAGUGGAACAGGAACAUCAGUCGCCUCAGAAAGUGAAGACAGGGAGAGGGAAGAGGCUAUCAACAAGCUAGCAUCUCAAGUAGAGCAGCAGAGACAAUUGAGAUUAGCUGACGCUAGGCAGGUUGAAGCAAAAGCUGCUCGGAUCAAAGAGUGGGUUACAAACAAGCUGAAAGAGCUUGAAGCCCAGAACCAACAUUUGCGAGAGCAAAACCAUCGCUGCAAUCAGCAGCUCGAGCUACUAAGGAGGCAUAUGGCUGAUCUUGGUACUGACAGGGCUAGGCCUCAAAGCCUGCUUAGAUCGAAUACCACAUCAUCUACCACUGCGCUUUUGGAAAAUGAAGCUGUCUACGCUGAAGUGCCAAGAAGGCCAAAACCUGUGCCCCAAGAACCAGGGUCCCAGUUAGGCCACAGAAGGCAUUUAUCAGCAACGGCUGUCACCAUAAAUACCAGCCCUUCACAGCAGCUCAGUGAUGAUUUGCAAGCUGCUGUUGAAAGUCUAGCCCUUCUACCUGUCCAUAUUAGACCAAAAUCAGAAUGUAUGGAUUCCGAGCAAGGCCAUGACUAUGCUGAAAUUUACACCCCUAGUACUGAAAAAGAUGCUUGGGAUGUUAGCAAACCGCCUACCCCUCCCCUUCACAGGUUCCCAUCGUGGGAAAGUAGGAUUUAUCAAGUAGCAAAUGAAGGCCUUGCACCUCAUCCCACUCCAGAUUCAAGUAACAAUAACACAGCAACAAGGCUACAUGUCUCACAAGGCUACUGUGAAAUCAGUGUACCUGUGUAUGCCACCGUAAAAGGAAGAGCAAGUCAAAUUCGUUCUAUGCCAUUUACUGGUGAUUCGUCAGAUGAUUCUAGUGAUGGUGAAGGCGAGCAUACAAACGCUCUAAACCUCAGUACUACUAGGGGAACAAACAGUAGUUCUGAUAACACUGUUAACUUUCCAUUAGAUACCUCACUGUCAAGCUCAAGCCCGAGCAAAAGUCAUAUUCAAACAACAUCUAGCUUUUCUCCUGCAAAAAGGAGUUCAUCAGGAUCACCUUCCAAAAGUAUGUUGCAUACAUCAUUUGAAUCCGGUAUGUCCGAUGAUUAUGCAAUCCCUCCAGACGCUGUAUCCUGUGAGUCGCUGGACUGGAGUGGCCUGGCAAGGGGACCUGGUGGAAGCCCUAGUCGUACCCAAAGAGGAGCAGAGCUCAUUGAGAAGAGCGGCCACUUGGCAAAACUUGGUGGAAAACUGAAAACUUGGACUAGACGCUGGUUCCAGCUCAACAAUGCUAAAUUAAGAUACUGGAAAAGUCAGAAUGAUGUAAACAGGAAACCCCAAGGUGAAAUAAGUAUAGAUGAACAUUGUAGGAUAAAUCGAGCAGAAGGUGCUGCUACAUUUGAGAUAGCAACUGAAAAGAAAACCUACUACCUAACAGCAGAUUCAAUAGCUGCUACUGAAGACUGGGUUAGAGUAUUACAGAACGUUCAACGAAGGAAUGCCACAAAAUUACUUCUCAGCCGAGAACACAAUAAGCCGACGCUCCAAAGUUGGCUGACGAAAGUGAGGAAUGGCCAUGCAAAAAAAUGCUGGUGUGUGCUUCUCGGGAAGAUGUUUCUCUAUUUCAAAUCCCCUUCAGACAAUAAUGCUGUUGGCCAAAUAAAUAUGAGAGAUGCCAGGGUGCAACAAGUUGAACAUGUUUCUGACUCUGACAGCGAAGACAGAGAUAGUGAUUUAGCUCAACUAACAAUAGGAAUCUUUCCGAACCAUCAACCACCUACUUAUCUGCUUAUGCCUAACAAGCAAGAAAAUGAUUCUUGGCUCUACCAUUUAACAGUGGUAUCAGGUGCAGGACCAAAUGCUGGUACACAAUAUGAACAAUUAGUACAAAAGCUUAUGGAAACUGAUGGAGACCCGAAUUGUGUGCUUUGGAGGCAUCCGAUUCUUCUUCACAGUAAGGAAACAAUAAGUUCUCCUCUUACAACUUUAUCUUCUGAAGCUCUUCAAGCAGAUGCAAUAAAAUUAUUCAAGAGUUGUCAACUUUUUACAUCAGUAGCUGUAGAAUCAGCAGGUAUUGACUACCAUGUAGUACUAGCUCAGAAUGCCCUCCAGCAGUGCCUUGAUCAAUGGGAGCUCCAAGCGGAAAUGAUGUGUGCUCUCGUUAAACAGACGUCGAGGCACGUCCCAACCAAGACAGGCGUCCAGGUAUUCGCCAAAUUGAGGCAUCGUUCGCUGUUCUCCUGUGAUGGUGCUGGAUCACCGACUGUUGGACCUCUCCCAACCCCACCUCCACAGGCGCCGGUCGAUUCCUGCAAGGCGAACCCACCGAACUUUGCACUAGUCCAGGCAUGGCAGCUCCUGGCAUUGGCUGUGUCACUUUUCGUCCCAAAGAAUAAUAAACUGCUGUGGUACUUGAAACUACAUCUCUUAAGAAACACUGAUAGCAAGACUGAGUGUGGGAAGUAUGCUGCAUACUGUGAAAGAGCAUUAGAACGGACUAUUCAAAAUGGAGUGCGAGAGGCCAAACCUUCUAGGAUGGAAGUACUCUCUAUCUUGUUAAAGAAUCCUUAUCAUCAUUCUCUGCCCCAUUCUAUUCCAGUGCAUCUACUCAAUGGAACAUAUCAAGUUGUUGGAUUCGAUGGCUCUUCGACUAUCGAGGAAUUUAUGUCAACCUUGAAUCAAGAAAUCGGCUGUAGAGAAUCAGCCACUUCUGGUUUUACCCUAUUCAGCGAUGACCCAAUUGAAAAAGAUCUUGAACAUUAUAUAGAUCCACAGGCCAAGCUCUGUGAUGUAAUAUCCAAAUGGGAAACGGCUCUUAGGGAGAAAGGCUCAGGGAAAUUUGAGACAACUCGAGUGAUCCAGCUAGUCUAUAAGAAUAGGUUGUAUUGGAGGCAUGUCGCCAAAAUGGAGACGGAUAGAGAAAGGCUGCUGCUUUGUUACCAAACAAAUCACCAAGUAGUGCAAGGAAGGUUCCCUGUCAAUCGUGACCUUGCCCUUGAAUUAGCAGCUUUAAUGGCACAGAUUGAUUUUGGUGAGUACCAUGCAGAAAAAGCAAGAGGUAGCGGUGGAAAUGUAAGAGAUCUUCAAGUGUUGCAAGCUCUUGACAAAUUUUAUCCAUAUCGCUAUAGAGAUGGACUAGCUCAAGAUACUCUAAAAGAACUUCAAAGUGCUCUACAGGAGAAAUGGAUGUCAUUGAAAGGUCGAGGGCCAUUAGACUGUGUUCGAAUUUAUUUAACUUGUACAAGAAAGUGGCCAUACUUCGGUGCUAGCUUGUUUCAGGCGAAGCUGAAACAAAGUGAGUGGGGUAUGGUUUGGGUUGCGGUUGCUGAAGAUAGUGUGACUCUUUUAGAGUUAGAUACUAUGCAACCACUAGCAAGGUACCCGUACACCAGUGUCUUAACUUUUGGUGGGUGCCAAGAAGAUUUCAUGCUAGUAGUUAAUUCCGAUGAAGGGCUUGGAUCGCAGAAGCUACUUUUUGCUCUAAGCAAACCAAAAAUCUUGGAGCUGACUCUUUUGAUUGCGGAUUAUAUGAAUGCUCUUGGAAGAGGUACAGGUACUCCAUUGGCCGGCACUUUAACAAGAACCACACAACCUGACAUCCUGAAGGCAACACCUGAUCAUCAACUACACAGAACUGACUCGCAUAAACGAAAUGACACAUGACAUUAAUUUUAAACAUCGGUGUUAUAUAUUUUUUAAAAGAAGCACUAUUUAUGUAUUGCUUAUUGCAAAAAUCUGUUGUGUACAGUUAUUUUUAACAUUUACAUAAAAUAUAUAUGUGUGUUCUAUUUCUAGAGCAUGUAUAUAUUUUUAUAUAGAUUAUAUGGACAAAAAUGCCAAAUAAAAAUAAUAUAAGUGAUAGCUUGAAACGUUAAUACUGGCUAUUGUUUGUAAUAUUUGUAAUUAUUGUAAUUAAUCUUUUAUGGAUUAAUAUUUUAAUUAAAGUUUUUGAAGGUGUUUUACAAAUAGAUAUCUUUAAAAAACCGUAAGAUGCUGUGAUGUUUAGCGGUCAGGAAAUCACAUAUUCAUUUUAAAUGAUUUUGAACAUCAUAUUUGAAGAUCUUCCAAUUUUUAAGGGAAAUUUGGGAAAAUGUUUAGUAAAAUGAAAGCAAUGGGAAAAUAGAUUAUACAUUUAUUUUAAAUUUAAUGAAUUCAGGUAAAUAAACAACAAUGAAGCAUUUGUAGAUUUGGUUGUGAUUUUCACAAGUAGGUUGUAUUUCCUAAGCUUUUGCUGUCAGGAACGAAUGAUUUUUAACCUUUUAAAUAAUUUUGUACCUUAUAGUGUAUAAUUAUUAUAACUGAUGGAAAUAAACCUGUAUUGUAAAUAUAUAAUCAAAUGUGGGCAGUUUGCGUAAUUUUAACAUGGGCCACUUUUUGUUGUCAUUUGUUCAGAUUUUCAAACUAAUCAAAAUCACAUUUUACGAAAAUUUCUUUUAUUUUUUACAUUUUAAAAUCAGUUAAAGAUUACAUUUAAAUUACACAUGGAAAAAAAUGGUGGUCCUUAAUAUAGUGAAAAGUUCUAUUUUAUAUAAAACUUUAAGGAAAACCCAUGUAUUAUAAAAGUCAAUAUAUAUUUUAUUGUGCCGUUUAAGCAUGAACCUGGUUAUGUGAUAUAGAGGUUUAAAACAUUUUAGCUAGAUGCGUAAGUUACCAAUUUGUAUGACCAUUUUUUAAUUGACAAUAUGUUGUCUAAGGAAAGUGUUUUUGUACUGCCAUAGGUUGUAGGUGAAAAGAGAAGUUUUUAAUUUUUAAAUUCAUGAAUUUCACUCGUGUAUGACCAUGAUUUGUUCAGUUCAAAAUAAAUGUUCAUUACUUACAUCAUUACUUUCUAAUUUUAAGUAUGUUUAUUCAGUUGUUUACAUCACAACAAAGUACUUUAUUUUUGUAACUACUUUAAUUAUAAUGUAUAUUUAUUCUUAAUUAAGUUUUGCUAAAGAAAAAACUACAGUGGGCAUAUAUCUUUAAUUUUCUUUUUGUUUUAAUCUAGUCUGUUUUGUAAAUAUGAAAUAACAAUUAAAAUUGUUAGAUUGCUUGGAAAGGAUCUAUAUAUUGUCAGAUAACAUCACUAAAUUGUUAAGAAUAUGGUUAGAUAUAACAACAAAAGAGAAAGAAGAAGAGUAAUAUUAUACACUAUAUUAUUUUGAUAAAGUCAGUUGCUAAUGUGUGUUUUUAUACUCUGUGGAAAUAAAUAUAGUCAUUCAUUUCGUGUGAA